AUGCAGAAAAGGAAGACGUCAGUGGGAAGGGAGAUGAUGAGGGAGACGGAGAAGAGGAGCGUGGAUGCGGGGAAGAUGAGUGUUUGUGAGGAGAAGGAGGGUGGGGAAAAGUACAGUCGGGGAGUCCCUUUCCCCACGCACUUAUUGUAUGCUAAUGAAAUCUUAGUUUUCUAUCUUGCCACUAAAGCCAACGCUCUGACCAUUCUUAAUAUUCUGGAUUAUUAUGGCUCUAUUUCAAGACAACUGGUUAGCUCGGGAAAAUCUCAGCUUAUUUUCUCGGAGAAAGUUUAUGUCCAUCUGAGGAGAUCGAUAUCUCAGGUUCUUCAUUUUGCUACUGGGAGCUUGCCCUUUACUUACUUGGGCAUUCCCAUUUUUUGUGGAAAAGUCCAAGCUUCUCAUCUUCGCUCCAUUCAUGAUAAGAUUUUGAAUAAGUUUGCUCGGUGGAAAGGGAUGCAACUUUCUAUGGCGGGCCGGAUUUGUCUUGUGAAGUCUGUUAUCCAGAGUUCUAUCACGCACUCUAUGAUGGUUUAUCAGUGGCCUAGAUCUCACCUGAAAGAGCUUGAUAUGACCUGGAGGAUGAUUGGGGCUAGGACCUUUGGUUACUCGCUGCUUCAUGGUCGUUACUUCACUGCUAGCUGCCAGGUUAAACAACAAGCUUUGCCUCCAUCUGUUUGGUAUGGGGAUCGGCAGGAGAUUGGGGACCUUGUUCUCAAUUCCUAUAGCUACAUCGAGGAUGGCUCUUCCACUCUUUUUUGGGUUGAUGAUUGGUUAGGUUAUAAGCUUUCUAACAAGUGUGGCAUUCCUUAUUUUAUGAUAGAUUCUCUUGGGUAG